AUGAGGCACCGCUUCCACGUCCGCGACGUCCUGGAUUUCAAGCACUCGAACAACGACUCGGUCCUCCUGGUGCGCCGAGGCGACUACGACGGCUGCCGCGCGGCGAGCCCGGUGCGCCGGCUCGUGGGCGGCGGCGGUGGCGGCGGCGACACCAAGUUCACGCUCGACCGCCCGGGGCUCUUCUACUUCAUCAGCGACGUGCCGGCGCGCUGCGAGGCGGGGCAGCGCAUGGUCGUGCGCGCGGCGGACGCGCGCGACGACGCGCUCGGCGCUCCGACGCCCGCCCCGGCGCCGGCGCGAGAGCCGGCCCCGGGGGGUACGGACGACGAGCCCUCCGGCACCCCGCCGUCCGGGGACCGCCCGAUACCUGCCCCGUUCAAGCUGUUCGUGGCGGCGUUCCUAGGGUUUAUCAGCGGAUGCUUCCUCGCAGGGUUCAUCGUGUGGUUGUGCAUGAACUGUCGUCGCCGCUAG